AUGGAACAGCAAAUGGCAGAAUCUACCCCAGCUGCAAGGGCUGGCGUUCUCCAUCAAUACAAGCAAGCUGAUGGCGAUUACCAGUCCGCAGGUCUAAAUGCAUUCGAGUACACGUCUCCUACAGCUGAGAAGGCGAAACCUCACGCUUUGCUUCUCAUCGCUGGGCUUUCGGACGGCUUAUGCACUGUACCGUUUAUGAAUGAUUUAGCUGGAGCCCUUGAAUCGACGAGUUGGUCUGUAUUCUUUGUCCUGCUCUCGUCUUCAUAUACCGGAUGGGGGAUGAGCAGCCUAGAUAAGGACGUGGAGGAGCUCGCACAAUGCGUUGAUUAUGUGAAGGCCCUUAAAGCGCGGGAGAAUCAAGACCAACCUGCGUCAAACGAGUCUUGUAAGAUCGCAAUAAUGGGACACUCAACCGGAAGCCAAGACGUUCUUCACUAUCUUUACUCGCAGCCUCCAAACCAGACAAGGCCUGCGGUAGAUGGUGCUAUCCUCCAAGCUCCAGUUUCUGACAGAGAGGCCACUCUGUCUAUGCUUGAGACUGGGACCACCAAAGACUCGGCCGACGUUGUAAGCGAGAUAUUUUAUGAACUGGUUGACAUUGCAAAGUCCAACCCGGAAGAAGGAGAUAACGGCUAUAUUUUGCCCAUCUCCAUGACAUCGCGUAUUGGGUUCCCAUCGAACGUUCCUGUCUCCAGCAAACGGUUCUUGAGUUUAACCAGUCCAGAUAGUCCAGAUGCACCUCUUGAGGACGACCUUUUUAGCUCCGACCUUGAGGAUAAACGGUUAGAAGAAACGUUCGGCAUGAUUGGGAAGUGUGGCCGGCUAAGGAAGUCAAUUCUUGUUUUACCCGGAGGCUCUGAUGAAUAUAUUCCUGAAUGGGUGGAGAUGGAGAGUUUGCUGAAGAGAUGGGAAACUGCUACAAAGGCAGGUGGUGACAAUCCUGGCAUCUGGGAUGAGAACAGCGGCGUUGUCCCCGGUGUAAGGCACUCUCCCCAAGGCAAACGGCAAGUUAAACCCCUACAAGACUUGCUUUCGAGGAUCCAAACGUUCCUUGCCAACCUUGAGAAACCUUGA